GCGAGUGAGGGGGAUCAGUGGGAGAGUGGACAGAGUCUUAUCAACACUGACAGUGGAAAUGGGGAAGAGAGAACGGGGGGAACCGAUCAGGUUAGAGAGAGAGGAAGUGGAGUGAAGUGAAGGAGACGCCUCAGACACCGUUAUUCCCGCUGUCAUCCGAUGAAGAGGAGCAGCACAGGGUGAGCGAGAAAAGGAGAAGGGGAAGUGAGAGAUAACAAAGUAGCGACUAGGAGACGGGACCGAGCGACUGUUUCUGGACUUCUGGGUGGAACCGUCACUGGGGGGUACUUGACGUCUGCCACUGCUGCUACCAUGUACAGUGGAUAUGGAGGGAGUCCGUCCCGAUCUCUCUCCACCAUGUCGCUGUCUGUUCGCCCCGUCAGACGCCUCACCUCCAGAUCCAUCACUAGGAGCCAGAGUUUUACUGGAGUCAACAGCUACGACAAGCCUUACAGGAACCUCUCAGUGUUCAGCACGCCGGGUGUCAGCAGGAAGCCUAGCAGAGUCAGCAGGAUGUUCACUAUGUCCAUGAAGUCCAACCCGCCACCUAAAGUCCCUCAGCCAGAGAGACUGGACCAGGUCUUUGAGGCGCUGAAGAAAGGCCUUCAGUCAUAUCUACAGGUCCAUCAGAUAGAUCUGGACAGCCUCACCAGACAGAUGAAAGAAUCAAAGAGGAACUCCAGACUGGGUUUCCUGUAUGAAGUGGACAAGCAAGUCAAGGUGACGGAGAGAUAUAUAAGACGACUGGAGUUUCAUCUGAGCAAGAUUGAGGAGCUCUAUGAAGCCUACUGCCUGCAGAGGAGACUCAGGGACGGAGCCAACAAGAUGGUGAAGGCGUUCACUGCCUCACCGGGCAGUAAGGAGGCGAGGGAGAGUUUAACUGAAGCCAACAAGGGAUACAAAGAAUACACAGAGAACAUGUGUGUGUUGGAGAGUGAGAUGGAGAACCAGCUGGGGGAGUUUCACAUAAAGAUGAAAGGUCUGGCUGGAUUUGCCAGAUUGUGUGCUGGUGACCAAUAUGAGAUCUUUAUGAGGUACGGUCGGCAGCGGUGGAAGCUCCGAGGCAGAAUAGAGCUCAAUGGGAAACAGGUGUGGGACUGUGAGGACGCGGUGCUCCUGCCCCUUAUCAACGACUAUCUGUCUGUGAAGGUGACAGAGUUAAAGAGCUUAGCCAAUCACGUAGUUGUUGGAAGUGUCUCCUGCGAGACGAAGGACCUGUUUGCUGCACUGCCACAGUCGGUUGCCGUGGACAUUAAUGACCUUGGGACAAUCAAACUAAGCCUGGAAGUAACGUGGAAUCCUUUUGAUAAAGAUGACCAGGGUUCAGUGCCAAGCACCGUCAACAAGGCUCCGAGUGUCAACAAGAGAUUCUCGACGAUCUUUAACCAGAGUCCACCUGACACGCCAUCCUUACGUGAACAAGCCUUCUACAACAUGCUCCGGCGCCGCGAAGAGUCAGAGAAUGGGACGGCGUGGUCAAAUUCAUCCGAGUCCUCCGAUGACUCCUCUAGCCCUCAGCUGUCUGUAGGAGGCCCACGCAACUCUACACAUCAUAAGGGAGUGGUGGUGACGCCAGAGAUUCAGCCAGCUGUAACAGGAAGUUCCGCCCCACAGCCUGACAUCUCCUUCUGUCUCAGUGACUCCUCCUUUCAAACUCCACCGAAAUCUAGGCGUGAAGUUCGCUCCAUCAGUGAGGUCCCCAUCACAGCACAACCCCUUGCAGAGAGCAGCAGGGAAGAGGAGGAGGGGACUGUCUCUGUCGUGACGAAACCUGUCGAUGAGGAAGAAGAUCCAGAAAGACGCUCUCCCAGUGCAACAGUGGAUGGGGUGGUGAACAACGGCCUCGCCUCACGCAGCUACUUGCGCUCUCUGAGCCACAUUAGUGAAAGCAGCGCUGAUGGCGUCGCGUUGACGGACAGGUCAGCCGGCGAAUCGGGAGAAGCGAUGUCUUUGACCUCUGGGAUCUCCGUCGAUGACAAUGAAGUGCAGGUGCCGAGCAGCCGAUCCCCUGAACCGCACUGCUCAGCUGCUGCAGACGUUGCUGCGUCACCGGGAAGCCCUUGUGGAGAAGAAAACACAACGUCCAGUAAUGUCACCGAUUCAGUCACGUUGCCACAGGAUACACCAAGCCCCGUGCUCUCUUCUUCUUCCUCCCCAAGGACUGAAGGAAUGAACUCUAACCCUCCAUCACACGUGAACACUGUCUCACCCCUCGAGUGCAACACACAACCAGAGGACGGGGAUGCGACAUAUGUAGCGCGGCUGGUGUCGGUAGAAGAGGAGGUUCCAGGUGCUGGAUCAGAUUGUCUGUCCAGAGAGGGUGAUGUUCCAGUGGACUGUGGGCUGGAAGAUGCACUGGGAGCUGUGGUUUCCUCUUUGGAUGAUUACAGAGGACAAUUCCCUGAGUUACAACACCUGGAACAAGAGCUGAAGCUGCUGCAGGCCACACUCAAGGGUGGCAGGCACAGCCGUUCGCCCAGCGUGGUCAGCCUCACAGUAGAAACGGCUCUGGGCAGCUUUGACUUCCUCAACACGCCCGACUGGGAGGAGGACGACGAGACGAAGGGUAACAAGAAGCACAGAAAUGGCAGGUCUCUGCAGGACAGAGGCUGGGACAGCCCCUCCUCUCCCACGUCCCCCCUCACCACAGGCUGUGCCACUUUAGACUGCACCCUGGUGGUCCAUUUGAAGUACUGCAGCUCUCAGUUGUUGCGGCUGGGUAUGUUUGGGCCGCUGAGGUGUGGUGAAAUGUAUGCCUUAGACAGACUUCUGAGAGAGGCACGGGUGCUCGAAGUCGUCCGACACAUCUCCAAAGACAACCCGAAACGCCUCAGACAGCCCUCUGAUGCUAUUCCUCAACUGAGCCAGUGUCAGGGUGCUGUGUCACUAUGGCAACAGUGUGUGGGCCAGGGCAGUGUGUACAGUGUCUCCGCUGACAACUUCCUGAUGACGCUGUCUACAGCCUACUCCAGGGUGUUACCAGAGAAGGCCAGCAGCAUGGCCGACACAGUGUUCUUGUGUCUGGUUGAGCGAGUGCUGGAUCAGAGGUUGCCACGGCGAGGGGGCAGCAACAGAGACGGAGUGAUGGUGACACUGUUCCAGGUGUGGACGUACUUGGAGGCUAAUGGCAUCAGUGACAUAGAGACACACAUCACUGAGCUGGCAGAAGAGGUGUGGUUGGUGCAGAGGCUGGCAUCGUGUGACCAGGAUGUGAUUGUCCACACUCUGCGGCGUCCUGCAGAGUGCAGCCUGAGGAGAGACGGACUUCACGCUGUGGCCAAGUUACUGAAAGACCCACGAGGCAAAGUGUCGGCCUCUGCCAGCUCUGUACUGAGAAGUAUGGCUGCCCAGCCCAAGCAGCGAGAGCAGGCUUUGGUCAACUGUCUGGAGCUGCUGGAGGACGCCAAUGUGGACACCAGAGUGUGUGGAUGCAAGGCUUUAGCUUCUCUCAAGGCUAAAGAAAGCAUCGAGCAGCUCGUGUAUCUUUGUCAGACGGACAAGGACGAAGUCCGAGAUGCUGCCAAACAAACGCUGCUAGUGCUCGGAGAGGAGGGGAAGAUGGCUCACAGACAUGUGGAGUUAUCUCAGGACAGCAUACCCAGACUCUUCGCACCAGGGAGCAUGGCCAGCACAGCAUUCUAAAACACACACACACACACACACACACACACACACUUCUACCCCUCUACUAACACUACAACAGUCACACACACACACACACACAAAAACACAUCAUACAUGUUAUAUACACUGUCAAAGAGGGGACAAUAGAUCCCUCCCCUAAUCACUGGUCAGACAUUGAAGUUAUUAAGCUACAAAAAUCAUCACUUUGUUUUUUUAUCAGCGUGUGACAACUACUUUGCGAGAAAUCAUUUGGACUGUACAGACGCUGCAGAGAGGGAAUCGUGAGCGCUGGCUUGCUGGAGGACGGAUUAAAGGGAGGAAAAGAAGGAUGAAAUGUAAAUGUGGGACACUGAAGUCAGAUUACUGGACAAAUGUCUGGCCCAUAGCCCAGGCACAUACACAUAUUUCCACUUUGGAAUAUGUAAGAAAAAGAAAGCUUUGAUUGCCAGAUUAUUUCUGUUUUUAUAGCCCUACAAAUGCCAAAAUGUGUAUAAAAGAUUUUUAUUUGUGAUUUCUGUGCAUGUGACUGGUAAACUGGCUCCAUGAAACCACCACACGGAGAGGUUUCUCGUAGAUUUACUGUCAGAUCCUCCAGAUUAGCGAUAGCUGUCAGAGUAAAGAGCUACUUAAAGGAAUACUUCACCAAUUUGCAUUUAGCUUUGUGUUGUCAGAAUAGGGGUAGUAUUUUUGAAAAAUUGUACUUCCCAACCUCAAUUUCCACUGAAUUGAGAAAUAUCGUCAUUCUUUUCUUUGUUAAGUGCCCACCAGUGACACAAAAAUACUACCCCUAUUCUACUAAUACAAAGCUAAAUGCAAAUCAGUGAAGUAUUCCUUUAACAAUGACAGCAGCUUUGAAAUCCACAGGGACAGAAAAAUCACUCCGAAGCGUCGCUAGUCAUUAGUUAUUGGUGGGCUUUGACUUUAGAGCAUCACUGUGCUUCAACUUCAGAUUCACAUGUUUUACUACCUGCUCUGAAUCCUGCUGUCGCCUGCACCCAUGCUACCUCCCUGACCGUCCUUGCUUCAGAAACUCUGCAUGUAGUCCUGCCACCAUGACAUGUGAAAUCAGUAGCGUUGCACCUGUUUGUUGAAAAACAGAAAUUGACAGAGGGAAGUUUGCCCCACACUUCCAGAAACCUGGCCAGUGAGUGCAUGAGGUGCAUGUGAUGGGUUUUCAGUUUCAGGUUGACGCAUGGCUCAGUGAACACUGAAGGCUUCAGCGGCCUCUGGAAGCACAGACAGGCACGACGUUCCUGCAUAGAAUCAGAAAUACCACUUUAUCUUUACUUUGAGAGGACGUUUGUGUUUGUUCCGGCUGAGCUGAACUUGGAGAGAACUGAGAGAAUCCUGUAGCUGUGUCAGAGAGGAGGCGCCACCAUGAGAGGAUUAUUGAUUCCUAUUGUUGAGAAAGGCUUGCUCUUCCAUUUUCCAUGGAUCUACCUGUGGAGCUGUUCUUUAGCCAGCAGUGUUUAAGGGAUAGUUCAGGUUAUACUAAGUGUGGUUGUGAGAGGUACUGACACAUAGUCGGCGCUAACCCUUGGAUCAAGAACCAGCUUGAAAACAUGGUUACAAGCAGAGACGCAUGGGAAAUCUGAUUUUAGCCACUUAACAAAAGGCUCACGUAAUAAUAUCUAGGCCUUUAUCCUGAUUUUCCCCACUUGUUUGCACCAAAAUCCAUAGAUAAACUCAUCAUUUUUAGUCCGCAGCGACAUGGGAGCUGCUGGUCUGCUACUGCCUCGUUUGGUAAGUUUGUGUCACAUUUAGUAAAAAGUGUGAAUUCAGUGUUUGAAAGAUUUCAGCAGCAGUGAAUCAGCAAGUCUCUGUGUGCUGUGGUGUAAAAAUGCAGAUUUUCCUCUAUGGAUUUUCUCUCUUUGGUGCAGGGACUUUGUGCAUUACAAAGCAAAACAAUGUUUUUGGAAGUUGGAAAGGCCUAAGAGGGUGUGCACAGUGCAGUCAGUGCUGACUGUGUGUCAGUACCUGGUGAACAGGGAGGGCUUCACCAUGCUUUACAGGAUACCAAGGAUAUAGUAGAAACACACACAAAGAGCUGUAAUCAAUCUGAAUGUACAUCUGCAACCACUGGCUUAUUAACUGUGAAUCAUCUUCCAAUUCAAAAGAUAAACAGAGUUUCAUUCUCAGUGUUUAGGGCCUUUGUGUUAAAUGUUGCCGUUGCGAUGCCAACAGAUUAAAACAAAACAUUAACUCACGCUGUGGUUGUGUAGAGAACUCUGCACAGAGAGUGGUUUAAACAAUAACGUGCCAUUGCUCUUCAUUUAUGACCUAUCUUCCUCUCAAUGGAAACACGCGUGAUCAUAUGCCACUGGGAUUUACUAUUCUGUGACUGUAAUUUUUUUUUUUUUUUUUUAUCAAGCCGAUUCUUGGUUUUGUAAUUUUAAAUGUAUACUUUGAUGCAUUUUUACUGUGUUUUCCCAGUUUGAAGAGUGGAUACUGCAAGUGAGGUUCAAUCUGAUGACUGGAGUUGCUGAAACUUUGUUGUUCUGAUCCCUAAGAUUAUUAUUAAGACUGGUUUAUACUAGAUUGGGAUCAUUUCAUUUUAAAUCCACCUCAAUAUCAGUCAGAAUUCCCAUUUGUCUAGUUUAUUUGUAACUAUUAUCUUUUAUUUGAAUGGGAAUAUCUGGAUUAGGACUGGAUUGAAUUUUAAAUGUAAACUGUUCCGAGAUAUGGAAUCAUAAAGUACUAUAGAGCUGUACUGGUGUUUUUGCAUGUUUAUGCCAUUUAAUACACAUGCUAACAUUAUCACAAUGCUGCUACCCUUGUUUAAAAGAAAGCAAAACUGUGCUCACCACAGAGAAUCACCAUAGUAGCUGACCUCAUAAUUGCCACUUCAACUAUAAUUAUGACUCGUAUGAACAUUUCAUAAUGUGUAUCAUAUGACGCAGUAGCUCGCCUCCCUCCUCAUGACUAUAUGAUGUUGUUUUUUUUUCUAAUUAUGAGUCUGCAGCUGUUUUCAGUGAGAGUGAGCGUCCGUGUCUCAGGCUGGUUCUUGGUACAGGGGACACACACUGCAGCAGUCAGCGCUGACAUAUAGUACGUUUCAGUAGCUCAGACGACCACAGCAAAACAAAUCUGAACUGUUCCUAAUAAUGUGGUGACUGCAGUUUGCUUCCAAAGAAAACACAACACUUUGAGCUUGGGUAAAUGGAAUGAGUCGGUUUGUAGUAAAUGGACGAAGAGCAUAUGCACAAAUACAGUCGGUGUGAUAUAUGCAAUAAUACUUUUUCCUCAUAGUCCAGCAAGUUACCCACAUAGUUUGACUAAUGCAGUUGAAAAUGCCAGUGUCGUGCUACAGUGACUCCACUUGUUUGUUGUAAUAGUUUUACAGUGCUGCUGCCCGAGCGCUGCUACUGCAAGGUCAUCUCAGGCCGACGACUGGAGAGAGCAUAUUUGUCUCAUUUGCAUACACAUGAUGAAAAGUUGAUUUCUUGAGAUUGACUGUGCAUUGUGCAUUAUAUCACUUGUAAUAUACUGUACUUUGUGACUCUGUUGCUGUCAUUGUUGGCCAGUCUGCAACUUUGAUCCACAUCAAUUACACUCAAGAAAAAAUCUGUAGAUUUAUGAAAUUUGCUUUGAAUGUCUUCGUCCCAGUCAGGGUGAAUUGUAAUAUGUUAAGUGAUUAACACAUAGUGAUCAUGUCACAUUUUCACUUUGUCCAAUAGGCCUUUUUCCACGGCAGCCAUUUUGUCACACUAACUUGAGUGUUACCAAUGGCUUUAAGUCAUUCAAAGCUGGAGCAGCACUUUUAUUAAUGAAAAAUACACAAACAUCACUGUUCUAACACUGAUUAUACAUAUGCUGACUUUAAUUUGUACUCUUAGAUGUCAUAAAGUCGGACAUUGCAGAUACAUCACCAGCUGCAAAACCUUUCUUAGAAAGAGAGCCAGAUGUGUUUCAAAACAAAACAGUAUCACGAUCUGCUUUAAAGUCUCCACAUCCAUUCCCACGCAGUGUGAAGCAAUGAUGGUAGAUUUCUAUCCCUGCAGUGACCUCACCCUUUCACUCAUCUGCUCACCACAGCACCAUCUGUACAAACACACAGUUUUUCCAGCUCCGUGUUUUUGUUUUUAGUUGUGAAAGAAUCAUUCUGAAUGUUACCUCUACUGUUUUCCUGCCCCAGAAGGAAUUUUUCUGGGAUCUAUUGCUAAUCAUUUCAUAAACUACCCCCCACCUUU